ACUGCCAGCCUGCCGGUCUGUUCAGCGCUGCUGUGGACCGCGAUUCCCGUACACAAGAGAUCCCCUCUUCCUAGCCUGGCCGCAGUCAGACAAAGCCCGGCACGAACGAGAUGCUGUUUACGCGAGGAACUGCUUUCAAGACUUAGUGAGUUGAUGGGGUGCUGCUUAGAUCAUGCCAAGCUGAUCUGAAACACUCCUUGUCUAGCAAGGCUAGCUGAACAAGUCGUGAAGCAGAUGAAGUCCUUGCUUAAGUGGGAUGAAAGAAGACAGUGUUUACAUGUGGCUCUGAUUAGACGAGGCUGCUGCCUAGGAUGAGGCCAUACUUCUCAAAGCACUUGGCAGUGGCUAGUGUCAUGAAACUGAGUCCACAGCAAGCUCCAUUAUAUGGCGAGUGUGUGCUGACAGUCCAGCUGUGUGAUGAUGAGUGCGGUGAGGAAGAGGAGGAGGUGGAGUUCUACCUGCUGUUUGCAGGCUCCACCCAGCGGCACCUGGCCAGCACCCUCCGGCUCAGCCAGGUCACCCUCCAGGCCAUCUGCCCAGCUCAUGACUCCUGUGAGGUGGUCCAGGUGACCUUGUGUUCCGCACGGCCGAGUGGCUCGGUGGAUGCCUUGGCUGAAGAAUGUUUCCAGUUUGUUCAGGACCUGGCCUGGGACAUGGCCCAGUUCCUGGUGAGCCGGGCCGGAGGCGGCGGCGGCAGCAGCAGCCAGGAGGGAGCCCUGCUACUGGACGAGUGUCAGAUCCCCGCGCAGGAGUGCGAGCGGCUGGACUCGAACCUGGCGCUGGCGCUGCGCCACCUCCAGCUGCCGCACGGCUGGAGCGUGCUGGACACAAAGAUAGGAGCGCACAUGGGCACGCAGCUGGACGCGCCUCGGAGCAUAGAGGACCAUCCGCACAUCAGCACAGGCCUGGACGGUGGGCAGCCAGAUACCCUCCUGCACUUUGCGGCCCGGCGUGGUCUCUGUCAGGUGGCCCUCUUUCUACUGGAGCAGCCGGGGGGCAGGGAGGCACUGAGACACCCCAACCAAAACGGACGGACCCCCACCCGCGAGGCCCAGAAAAACGGACAUGCUCAGCUGCAGAAGCUGCUCUCAGACCAAGAAGAGCUCUCAUCUGAGGCUCAGAAGGCUAAGGACUGCCACGUCUACCCAGGAGGCCGAGGGUGCUUGCGCCACCAUCCCGAACUCAGCACCUACACGCUGACCCACCGCGUACCCCCCGGCAACCCCCCACCCACCUUGCAGAAAGAGGUGCAGGAGUUUCAGAGGCUUAUCCGUCGCCAUAGAGAUGGAGAGGGUGAGACAGAGCUGCAGCAGCGGUUAGAGAAGCUGUAUCCUGCCACAGGAAACGACGACAGCAGACCUGGGAAGGGCCGACCCAACGGCUCGUCCCGCCGCACACCCAAGCGAAAGAGAGGCAAGAGGAACAACAACAGCAGCGUCGAGACCCAGAGAACCACAGACGCAUCGCCGGAGCAUCCAGGAACCGCAGACACCAAACCAGAGCCGACGGCAAACCAUGUCAGCGCGGCGGCCCGUCGCCUCUGUCCGAACGGGGAGCAAGCCGGGGAGCGUGCAGAGGAGGGAAGGAGGGCUGGACCUGCUGGAGAGCCAUCGGCCGACGUAGAGGAGGGCUGUGGGGCGGCUGCAUACGGCAGCAGGACAGGGAGGCAGGCGCCGCAGACGUGUGAUGACCGGACCAGCCCAGCAGAACAGAUAGAGGAAGCAGGGAGAGAAGAGCACACUGUUCCGGACACGUCUCCAGAGCCUGCGUCUCUCAGGCGGUCACCGCCGUCGCCACCACCACCGCCACCAUCACCAACAGCAGCAGCAGCACAGCAACCAAAACAGGAAGAGAGAAGUCAGGGGGAAGAAGAGAGUACAGCCGCAGACUUCACCAUGGGCAACGCGCAGACCCAAGAUCAGCAACAGCAACAGAAGCAGCAGCAGCAGCACAGAGGAGCAGGGGAAAUGACAGAGGGAGGGCGGGGGAACCAGGGUGGAGGAGUUCUGCUCGGUGACGCGGGCGAACCAGAAACGAGCGACACACUCAUGGCGCAGGAAACGGAGAUGGACUCAGCAGCCGCCACGCAGCCUUCCCUUCUCAUUCCCGCAGCGCUCAACAACGGCCACCAGGAAGACCGGAGCAUGUGGGGAGACACUUCCACAGGAGAGGACAUCAGCCACGGGUCUCACAGCGAAGGGCCAGAGGAAAAGGAAAUGGCCGUGGAGGAGAGGGCAGAGACAUGGCCAGACCUCGCUGACGCUCCUAGGGAGAGGGCAGCGAGGGGCUCGGAGACACCGCCAGCGGAAGACUCGACGGAGAGAGGGGAAGAGCUGACUCGUGCAGUUGAGGAGGGAGAGAUAGGGGAAGAGCUCGGCCACAGGGCUGGGCAGAGGAGCGAGAGAGGGGAAGAGCUCAGCGAGGAGGAGACUGAGAACGGCACGCAGUGUCACGCCACCGGGUCUCCCAGCAGGCAACAGGAAACAGACUGGACCGCCAGCCUCAGCGAAGAGCACAGCCUCAGCGAAGAUCACACUCUCAGCACCGAGCCCUCGCCUGAGACGGCAAGCACACACACACACUCGCAUGCCAUCAGCGACCAAGGACACCCGCUCAGUGAUGACAACAGCACGCACACAAACACGGACAGCAGCCUCAAAGAGAUGUGUUCUACUCAAGUUGAGGAGCAGCUGGAUCUGACAGUCAGUCUUAGACCUGGUAUGGCUCCUGGACCCGGCCACCUGCCAGAACCGGGUGGUACCAGCUGGGCUCCAGCGUCCUCAGAGGCUUGUGGGUAUGGACAGGAGCUGUCAUACGCCGCAGUAGUGAAACGGUCCUUGACAUCUGAUCAAGAGCAGACUGAAGAGGAGGUGGAGGAGGAGGUUGAGGAGAGAAAACAACAGGGCAACAGUGAGGAGGAAAAGUCCACAGUUCCUGAGGAAUCCCCCCUCCUACCUGCACCCUCGGGAGAGGUUACCACUGUCCCCCAACCAGAACCAGGGGACCACAUAGAGCAGGACACACACGACACACAGGCAGGUGUUGAAUCUUUCACAGACUCUGAGCCACACACACCAGCAGGUGCUGAACUCACACACGUAGAGCCGGACAACACGGCAGGUACUGAGUCAACGUCACACACUGCUCCUGAGACAGAGACAGAGCAGAGAGCAGAAGGAGGGAAGGUAGACAGAGAGGAACAGACGACAGUAAUGAUCCCAGGGGGAACUAAUUCCGAAACACAAAGCGUGCAGAGUGAGGGAACGGUUCCUGAAAACCACACAGUACAGAGUGAGGGAACGGUUCCUGAAACGUUCACUGCUCAGAGCGAAGGGACUAGUUCUUUGAUGGACACAACACAGAGCGAAGGAGCCCAUCUUCACACUCAAACGGUGCAGACUGAAGAGGCUGUUCUUGAAAUGCACACAGCGCAGAGUGAAGGGAAUAAUUCUUUGGCAGACCCAAUGCAAAAAGUAGAAAGAGCUGCAGCCUUACCAAGCAAAGAAGAAGAAGAAGAAGAAGAAGAAGAAGAAGAAGAAGAAGAAGAAGAAGAAGAAGAAGGUACUGAAGCCCCUCAGGCACACACUGACUUGACUCAGGAUGCUGAUUCGAGAGCUGAGGUGUCCAGUGAGCCACUUUCUGUUCCUCUGUGGGAAGGACCUGAUUCACUUACUGAGUCACAGGCAGACGCACAGAGUCCAGAGGAGGAGAUGGAGGGAGACGGACAAGAGUCAGCUGGGGAUACGGAGCACCAGAGGUCACCCGGGUUCGGAGAGGGCCCACAGGGAUCUGAAGAGGAUGGUCAGCCGACCAGGUCAACGGGAGGUUCCGAUAAGGGAUGUGUUCAGGUCGCCGUGGUGACCGCUUUAGAGAGAGCCAGUGAGGGUGCCGAGUCACCUGAUCGGAGUGCGAAGGGAAUUGAAGAUUCUGAAGGAGAGGAUGUGUGUAGUGAGACAAUCGCACGCACGCUUGCUGCAGACCUGCUGUCUGAGCCUCCCACAGAGACCUCCAGCAGCAUCAAGGGACCUGCGGUAGAGCCUUGCCCAGAGGAGCUCACCACCGCUGGGGAUGCGCACACGGUGGCCUCCUGCCUCACAGAUUCAGAGAGAGGGGUUGAUGACGCCUGCACAAACACAGACCUAAAUGAGACAGACACUCACACGGACACAAAACAAAGCAAGGUUGAGACUUGCGUGCACAUAACUCAAAGCCAGACAGAGACUGACACACACACAAUCCUAAAUGAGAUGGAAUGUCUCACACACGCAUCCCAAAGUGAAACAGAGACUCACACACACACAAAUGUAAACGAGACGGAGGUUUGUGCACAUAUGACCCAAAGUGGUACAGACACUCACACACACUUGGUCUUUCAGGAGAUAUUGGCAAACACACACACAUGCCAAAGUGAUCCACAGGUGUACACACAGCUGAACCCGAGUGGAUUAGAACCAGCUGCAGAUGCCGCUGGCCCACACAGAGAGGCCCAAACAGGCUCAUCUAUUCUACCCAACUGCUCUGUGAAUGUGGACUUGGGGUACGGCCCAGGUUUGCAGUCUGAUGCCACUGUCAAGGUGUGCCCUUACUCCUCCCAGGAAGUCAUCGAGGAGUGGGACACGCACCUGAGGUUGCAGUGUGAGCUGGAGACGCACACACAACUGGAGAGAGACACACUCCCAGAGACAGGAGCACACCUGGAGACACACUCCACACCAGGUGCAGAUGUCGUGGACACUGGAUUAGUGAACACUUUGGAUGGAAGUGAGGAACCCACACCGAUGACCAUCACAGAUGAGAUCCACAGGCAGGCAGAGGUGUUUUAUGCAGUGGACUCCUGUCCAGAAACUGACUCACAGAAGAGCAAUAAGGAAUGUUUUGAUGUUUCCAUGUUUCCAGCCACAGAGAAGGUCUCUGUGGAGUCAGAUGUCCAGACACACUCACUGGCAGAAGGGGACAAGGAUGUGGACACUGUGUCUAAGGCUGAAGUGUUGGCUCCUGCUGUGGACGGUACCAGUGAGGUUCCCCUGACCCCUCCCUCCAAAGAGGAGGCCCCCAGCACCCACCCCUCCGACCCCUCUGAUGCCCGAGCCAGCUGGAGCUCGACCGAGUCGUGGCAGGCACUGGGCGCGGCUCCCGCGGAGGUGGAGGAGUCGGAGCGAAAGGACCGCGUGACGGAGGUGCCCGCCCGGUCUGCCCUGCUCCGCCCUGCCAUGCGCCCGCUCUCGCCCUUCCGCCGGCACAGCUGGGGGCCAGGAAAAGGGCCCGCAUCCGAGGCAGAGCCUAACACGUGCAGCCCCUCUGUUCGCAGUCCUGGUGGAGGCAAGACUACAAAGACCACGGGCCACAGAAGAAGUGUGAGCUGGUGUCCCUCAGAUAUCCUCCGUCCUGCCCUAGAAGAGAUCGGAAACAGGAGCUCCAGUUUAGAGGGUCUGUCUGCGGAACAGGAGGAAAGUGCAGCUCCGGCCGUAGGUGUAGUGUCGGAGACGGGCCGUUGCCGGGAUAUAGUGCGGGGGGAGAGAGGACGCUCGCUGGUCUCUCUGACAGAAGAGGAGCAGGAGACAGACAUGGUAGACUGCAGCAGUCUGGAAAUCAAGAAGUCAGUCGGACUCCUCAGAAACCUGAACCGACCUCCUCCACACACGCUUACCAAGUCUCGCUCCAUGGUAGCCAUCAGUCCCAAAGAUUUCGAUGCGAUGGGACGAGUGCAACCAAAGAGACGAAUCUCCUUCUCCUUCAGCAUCUCUCCGCUCCUCCCCAAAUCUAAAACCCACUUUUCUAUUGGCUCUUCAUCCAGCGAUGAGGAGGAGGCAGUCAGUCUGGCGUCUUACAGCAGCGCGUCCGGAUCACUGGAGUACAGCAUCUCAGAGGAGGACCCAGGCCCCCUGAGGAGUGACGGUGAGGGGAGGCCGGGCACCAAGGUCAGUCGGACGUUCAGCUACCUCAAGAGCAAGAUGAGCAAGAAAAACAAGGAGAAGGACAAAGAAAAGGAGCGGCUUCGAGAGAGAGAGAAAGAUGCCAAAGAAAAGGAGAAGGCUUCCUCAAACGGGCACGUCUUCAGUGCCAUCACCAAUGCCCCCUCCACUCCAUGCCAGCACUGCAGCAAGCCCCUCAACACUAAAGAGGCCUUAAUCUGCAACAAUUGCAGUACACACGUUCACAAAGGCUGUCGAGAGAACCUGCCUGUGUGUGCCAAGGUCAAAAUGAAGCAGCUGAUGGCCCCGCCUGACUCUGCUCUACUGCAUGGGGUCACCAUGAGAAACAAAACAGUAGCAUCGCUGUCUCGGGACCGUCCAAAGUCGACCUUCACCAUACCUGAUGAUCAGACUCCAGCCAAUCCCCCACGGAAAAGCCCGAGCAGCAUCAUGUCCUUCAGUGGACACAUCCCACUGUCCAAGAGCGUGUCUAUUUCCAACAUCGCUGGCCCUGUCCAUGAUGACAUGCCUUUGAGGAGGUUUCUCUCCCAGUCCACUGACUCCCUGCACAAGACCAGCAAGGUCAACGAGUCCACUGAGUCCCUGACGGAUGAGGGAACAGAGACGGACAGUCACCUGCUGUGUGAGUUUGAGGCUGACAUGCGGGAGCUAGAGGCUGACUCAUGGAGUGCAACAGUGGACAAGAAGCAGCUGAAGCAGAUCAAGAAGGACGUGGUGAAGAGACAGGACGUCAUCUACGAGCUGAUGCAGACGGAGUUUCACCAGGUGCGGACGCUGCGCAUCAUGGCCGAGGUGUACUACAAGGGGCUGUCGCGGGAGCUGCAGGUGGAGGGCGCCGCGCUGGAGCGGCUCUUCCCCUGCCUGGACGAGCUUGCCGAUCUGCACACGCACCUGCUGAGCUCUCUGAUGGAGCGCCGCAGCCAGACGCCGCUCACGCGGGACGCCACCGCAGCAGACAGAGGCUUUCUGGUGCACAGGAUCGGAGACGUGCUGGUCUCUCAGUUCUCUGGUUCCCAUGGAGAGCAUAUGAAGAAGGUCUACGGGAGGUUCUGCAGUCGCCACAACGAGGCCGUAAACUAUUACAAAGAGCUCCACGCCAAAGACAAGCGAUUCCAGGCAUUCAUUAAGAAAAAGAUGAGCAGUGCGAUUGUUCGGAGGCUGAGCAUUCCAGAGUGUAUCUUACUGGUCACGCAGCGCAUCACCAAAUACCCUGUGCUCAUCCAGAGAAUACUGCAGCACACAAAAGAUGGAGACGAGGAGCAUGAGGAGGUAUCCCGUGCACUGCGCUUGGUGAAGGAGGUGAUCACGGCCGUGGACAACCGCGUACACGACUACGAGAAGAAGCGGCGGCUAAAGGACGUGCAUAGCCGCACCGACAGCAAGUCGAUCAUGUGUAUGAAGAGCGGCCAGAUGUUCGCCCGUGAGGACCUGAUGAGGGGCCGCCGGCUGCACCACGACGGACCGCUGCAGCUCAAGACCUCCGCCGGCAGGUUCAAAGAUGUUCAGGCCCUGCUGCUGUCCGACGUGCUUGUGUUCCUGCAAGAGAAAGAUCAAAAAUACGUCUUCGCCUCACUGGACCAACGUUCGACAGUGAUCUCCCUGCAUAAGCUGAUUGUGCGUGAGGUGGCCAAUGAGGAGAAGGCCUUGUUCCUGAUCACGGCCGGCUCGCUGCCUGAGAUGGUGGAGGUGUACGCCAGCUCAAAGGACGAGCGCAAAUCCUGGACACAGCUCAUCCAGAACGCCAUGCAGAACAUAGAGAAGGAUGAGGAUGAAGGGAUCCCCAGUGAGAGCGAGGAGGAUAAACGUCUGCAGGAGAGCAAAGCCAAAGAGAUGAGAGACCUCCUGCACCAUAAGGAUGAGCAGAUCCUGGGUUUGCUGGAGGACAAGGUGAAGCUGUUCCGGGAGCUGUGCGACUGCGCCACGCCCGACGACCUCAUCCAAACCCUCCGUGGACGCAUGAUGUUCCGUGCCACGCCCCGUGAUGUCACAAAGGGCGAGCCGAUCAUGAAGGACGCUCUAAAAGAAGUGGAGACCCUUCAGGAACUGGUGAACAGGAGUGUUGGCGGCGCAGUGGGUCAUCAGAUGUCAUCCUGUCAGGGUCCACCAGGGGGCAGUGUGGGGCCAGUUUGCCUCCCCCGGCGCGCUGAGACCUUUGGAGGUUUUGACAGCCAUCAGAUGAACAUCUCCAAAAAUGGAGAGAAAGAUGAGGGUGAGGACCUGCGAAGAACGGAGUCAGAUAGUGUGCUGAAGAAGGGAGGCAAUGCGAAUCCUCUGCUCCUCAAGAGGAAUAGUGAGCAGGUGCUCAACAGCGUCUCCCACCUGAAUGAUCUGCUUCUGUCCCUUCAGGCUGUGGUCGUACAGCAGGACUCUUUCAUCGAGGACCAGCGCCAGGCCCUGACCCAGCGCUCCUCUUCCUUCUCCUCUUCCUCGUCCGUCUGUUCCUCCGCCUCCUUCCGGCCGACCGUUAGCCUCGGCCCCCCAACCCCCACCACCAGCAGCAGCGCCGGCGUGGCGGAGGUCGGCGUGAGCGCCAGCGCGCUGGCCGAGCAGGAGCGUGCGCUGGCCGAGGAGCGGCGGCGAUGGCAGUGGCAGGUGGAGGAGCGGGAGCGCGGGCUGGCAGAGCGGGAGCAGCGGGCUCGACGGCAGGAGGAGGAGGCGGCCACCGGCGGGCGGCAGCUGGAGCAGGAGACGCGGCAGCUCCGGGAGCGGGAGGAAGAGCUCCAGAGGAGCCUCCAGCUGCUCCGGGACCAGGAGGAGGAGGUGCAGAGGGAGAGGGAGAAGCUGAGAGACGCACAGGCGUGCCUGGAGCGGGACCGCGAGCAGCUGCUGCAACACACACAGGACCAGUUGUGUCGGCCGCACAGGACCCCCUCCACCACCUCGGAGGACUCCAUGAAGUUCCAAAGCUCCGGCUCGUUGGACAGGAUCCACGGCGUCGACGGUGACCUCUCCUGCUACUCCACAUCCCCAGCCACUGCCAGUGCGGCCAAGGACCUGAUGUCCAGGAUGGACUCGAAGAAGCGGAAAGGGAAGAACCUGAACCCCUUCUCCUCCUCCUCGUCCUCCACCUCCAGCGCCCCAGCCCCCCAGAUGCCCAGCCGCCUGCUACAGCUCACCAAGCCCAAAGACAAGAAGGACAAGAAGAAGAAGAAGGGCAAAGGUCAGCCCACAGACACUCCUAGCACUGAAGCCCCAGACGCCCCUGCGUAUGGAGAGGUUUUCUUCUGUUGAAGUAAUCUCCUCUCAUCCAUUUCCUCGAAUGUCCCACAACCCCCCUCUCUCAGGAUCAGCCCUGCAAGCCCCACACGAUUGCACCUAACUGUCUGGGAUUCCGGUUGUGUCCUGCCAAGGGAUUCCCGCAUUUAUUAGUGCACUGAACUCAAGACAACCAAACGCACACACACACACACACACACACACACACACACACACACACACACACACACACACACACACACACACAUAUGUACACACACUCACAGGUGCAGCCUGACACCCACUCUGGAUCCUUUUAGAGUGGACUGCUGAAGAGUGUGUGGAGAUGGUUGCUUUGAUUUGCAUUGGAUUGGAUUGGAGUUGACGGUGUGCUGCUGUCCGUAUUGGAAGGACCGGAGAGAAGCGUCUGUCAUGGGAUCUUCAUCACGAGGAAGAGGAUAGAGAACAGAUGAAGAUGACACAAGGUCCGUCUGUCUCGAGACGAAGGAAAAUAGCAUCAUAGAUCCUCCCCUGUGACCCUUGCCUCUCAUGGCUGCCAUGUUGCUUUUUGUGUUGGUCCCUCUAAGAGUGAUUAGAGGUCUCAGAGGACAUGAAGGCCUAAUUAGUCUCAUUAGUGUCCCUAAGACAGACGGGGGGACAGUGUCUGCUGGGGACACCUGCCUGUCCCUGUAGGGCUUCUGUGUGUGUGGAUGCACAUUGCGGUUUUAACUCCACGGUUUUAGAUCCUCGCGUUUUUGCUUGGGAUGGAUGAGAAACCUGAGGAAUGCGAUGGAGAAAUGGGCCACAAGGAGGCCAAAAACACAGGCGCAAGCACACACACACACACACACACACACACACACACACACACACACACACACACACACACACACACACACACACACACACACAGAUGAGACAGAAACGGACAUGUAGACAAGCUAAAUGAAAGAUGUGAUAGUUGCCAACCUAUGAAUGAAGAGGUUGUAAA